UGAACAGACGCACGGCAACUUGGAAUGACACCAAUCCCUUGUCUCCUCGAUGUGUGUGGCUGGACAUUAGAUCCCAGUAACACUCAAUUUGCAAUUCCAAAAUGGCGGUCACUUCGCAAAGUUUGAAUGUGGGUACUUUUAAUACUGUGGGAUGAAAUUCCACGCAACCGAACUUCCAAUUCCGAGCAUAAUUACGCUUUGGCGAGCCGUUAUGAGUGCUGAGGCUCCAAAUAUCACGACAAAAGCUGCAAUUCGCCAACACAUAUGGGACCAUAUAGAGAGAAACAAUUUGGCGAAUUUUCCACGACCAGUUCACCAUCGAAUCCCAAAUUUUAAGGGUGCGAAUGCGGCAGGCGAAAAAGUCGUUGCUAUGGAUAUAUUCAAGAAAGCGAAAACUAUUAAAGUGAACCCAGACAAGCCGCAAGAAUGGGUGAGAUACAAGACGUUAGAGGAGGGAAAAGUGUUGCUUGUCCCAACUCCACGGUUAAAAACUGGUUUAUUCAACCGCAUUUUGUCCCCGGCAGGGGCUAAUACUGCAAUACUGAAGAAGUGUGCGACCAGGGAAGGUAUAACUCAUUACAGCGCACCUGUGGGAUUGGAACAUAAGAUCACUAUUGACCUUAUUGUGAUUGGGUCUGUGGCUGUGUCUUCCAAAGGUUAUCGUAUCGGCAAAGGUGAGGGAUAUGCUGAUAUGGAAUAUGCCAUGAUGGUUUCCAUGGGAGCAGUCAAUCAAGACACAGUUGUGGUGUCUACUGUCCAUGAUUGUCAGGUAGUGGAUAUUCCAGAUGAGUUGACAGAUGAACAUGAUCUGAUGGUAGACUACAUUGUAACACCCACAAGGGUUAUCCAUUGCCAAGGACAUACACAGAGCUCAGCUGGAAUUCAGUGGUCAAAAGUCACACCUCAAAUGUUAAAGGACAUUCCUGUAUUGAAAGAUCUUAGAGAAAAGGAGAAAAGACUUGGAAAGAAUGUCACUUUGAAAGAUUAACUUAUCGGCAAAGUUUCUGUCAAUAAAUGGGUAUGUUUCAUUA